AUGAAGCAAGAAAUUCAAGAAAAGGAUUUCUUAAUUGCUAAGAAAAAGAAGGAAACAUCACCUUUACAUACGACAAUAGAAAAAAUGAAGCAAGAAAUUCAAGAAAAGGAUUUCUUAAUUGCUAAGAAAAAGAAGGAAACAUCACCUUUACAUACGACAAUAGAAAAAAUGAAGCAAGAAAUUCAAGAAAAGGAUUUCUUAAUUGCUAAGAAAAUGAAGGAAACAUCAGAAUUAACAGAAACAUUGAAAGAUAAUACUGAAGAAAUGAAAAAUAAAGAUGCUAAAAUUUCAGCUGAUGGUUUGGAACUGAUAUCUCUCAAAGAGAAGUUGGCAGAGAAAGAAAUAGCCAAUUAUAGGAUACCUACUCUAAACUUUUUAGAUGAUGCUAUGUACACUCCUCCAGUUGAUGUCAUAAUGAUGUCAUUCGGUAAAUACAACAAGUUAGAUGAAGAUUGGUAUAGCCGAGCAUUUUACACCCACACCAAUGGCUACAAAAUGUGUCUUUGCAUUCGAUAUGAUGAUAAGAAAAAGUCUUCAAAUUUACACGCUCAUUUAAUGGUUGGAGACUACGAUGAUAAUCUUCAGUGGCCGUUUCGUGGUACCCUGAUGACAGAAAUACUACAUCGAAAAACAAGAACUUUUCAUUAUUUAGCUGAAAUUGUUUUUGAUGAUGACAAGUUUUGUGGUAGAAUCUGGAAUGGCGUUCCAAUUGAAGCAGGAAUGGCAUCAUCUAUUGUUGGAGAAGGAAUUUCUUUUGCUGAAGCUGUUCAAGAACCAUUUACCGAAUAUUUAGAAGACAACAGCAUAGUUAUCCGUGUCAAGUCUGUUAAUGUGGAAUCACUAGUUCGAAUCAGUGCUGUUAUAUCUCCUCCUCCAAAUGAUAAAAAAAUGGUCUUUGAAAUUACUGGGUUCUCUCAUCACAAGAAAUCAAAUUCUGAGUGUAUCA